AUGCAGAAGCUGCUGCAGCUGCCGGUCAACGCCGUCAACAUGGUGAAGACGGUCCAGAACCAGAUCCAGGUCCAGGAGGAGGACAAGAGUCCGGUCCUGACCCCCGAUGGGGGGCAGCAGACCUGGUACAACGCCCUGCAGCCCGACGAGCUGCGCCACCUGCGCCCCGCCGGGGGGGGCCCGGGUCCGGGACCAGGACCAGGACCAGGAGACCAGGACGAGCGAGCAGCUCUGGAGGAAACUGGAGGAGGGGGAGGAUUCCAGACCCAACCGCUACGACACGACGACCUGAAGGAGAUGCUGGACAGCAACAAAGACUCCCUGAAGCUGGAGGCCAUGAAGAGGAUCGUCGCCAUGAUCGCCAGAGGGAAGAACGCCUCGGACCUGUUCCCAGCCGUGGUGAAAAACGUCGCCUGCAAAAACAUCGAGGUGAAGAAGCUGGUCUACGUUUACCUGGUCAGGUACGCCGAGGAGCAGCAGGACCUGGCGCUGCUCUCCAUCUCCACCUUCCAGCGAGGGCUGAAGGAUCCCAACCAGCUGAUCCGCGCCAGCGCCCUGAGGGUUCUGUCCAGCAUCCGCGUCACCAUCAUCGUCCCCAUCAUGAUGCUCGCCAUCAAGGAGGCGGCGUCGGACAUGUCGCCCUACGUCAGGAAGACGGCGGCGCACGCCAUCCCCAAGCUGUACAGUCUGGACCCGGAGCAGAAGGACCAGCUCAUCGAAGUCAUCGAGAAGCUGCUGGCCGACAAGACCACGCUGGUGGCGGGCAGCGUGGUCAUGGCGUUCGAGGAGGUGUGUCCGGAGCGCAUCGACCUGAUCCACAAGAACUACAGAAAACUGUGCAACCUGCUGAUCGACGUGGAGGAGUGGGGGCAGGUGGUGAUCAUCAACAUGCUGACCCGCUACGCCCGGACGCAGUUCCUCAACCCCAACGCCAACGAGUCCCUGCUGGAGGACGGCGGCGGGGACAAAACCUUCUACGCCUCGGAGGAAGAUGAGGAUGAGGAGGAGAAGAAGGAGGAGAAGAAGGAGGAGAAGAAGCCCCCCAGGAGGAAGCCCUACGUCAUGGACCCGGACCACCGGCUGCUGCUGAGGAACACCAAGCCGCUGCUGCAGAGCCGCAACGCCGCCGUGGUGAUGGCCGUGGCUCAGCUCUACUUCCACCUGGCCCCCAAAGCCGAGAUCGGGGUGAUCGCCAAGGCCCUGGUCCGCCUGCUCCGGAGCCACAGCGAGGUCCAGUUCGUCGUCCUGCAGAACGUGGCCACCAUGACCAUCAAGAGACGGGGCAUGUUUGAGCCGUACCUGAAGAGCUUCUACAUCCGGUCCACCGACCCGACCCAGAUCAAAGUCCUGAAGCUGGAGGUUCUGACCAACCUGGCCAACGAGACCAACAUCUCCACCAUCCUGCGGGAGUUCCAGACCUACAUCAAGAGCGUGGACCAGGACUUCGUGGCCGCCUCCAUCCAGGCCAUCGGCCGCUGCGCCACAAACAUCGGGGACGUCCGGGACACGUGUCUCAACGGGCUGGUCCAGCUGCUGUCCAACCGAGACGAGCUGGUCGUCGCCGAGUCGGUCGUCGUCAUCAAGAAGCUGCUGCAGAUGCAGCCGGAGAAACACAGCGACAUCAUCAAGCACAUGGCCAAGCUGACGGACAACAUCCAGGUGCCGAUGGCCCGGGCCAGCAUCCUGUGGCUGAUCGGCGAGUACUGCGAGCACGUGCCCAAGAUCGCCCCCGACGUGCUGAGGAAGAUGGCCAAGUCCUUCACCAGCGAGGAGGACAUCGUCAAGCUGCAGAUCAUCAACCUGGCGGCCAAGCUGUACCUGACCAACUCCAAGCAGACCAAGCUGCUGACGCAGUACGUGCUGAACUUGGCCAAGUACGACCAGAACUACGACAUCCGGGACCGCGCCCGCUUCAUCCGCCAGCUCAUCGUCCCCACGGAGAAGAGCGGCGCCCUCAGCAAGUACGCCAAGAAGCUGUUCCUGGCGCUGAAGCCGGCGCCGGUGCUGGAGUCGCCCUUCAAAGAUCGAGACCACUUCCAGCUGGGCUCCCUGUCCCACCUGCUCAACGCCAAGGCGGGGGGCUACCAGGAGCUGCCCGACUGGCCCGACGCCGCCCCCGACCCCUCCGUGCGCAACGUGGAGGUGAAGGAUUCUGUUUUCACGCUGCUCGAAAGAGUCACCACGUUGACCAGCGUACCGGAGUGGACCAAGUGCAGCAGCCGCGAGAAGAGGAAGGAGAAGAAGGUGGAGAAACCGUUCUACUCCGACUCGGAGGGAGAGUCCGGCCCCACCGAGUCGGCCGACAGCCAGUCGGACUCGGCCAGCGGCUCGGACAGCGGCAGCGGCAGCGACCGGAGCGGCUCGGCUUCGGAGAGCGACGGGAGCGAAGACGCCUCCGAGUCUGAGGAAGAGGAGGAGGAGAAGAAGAAGAAGAAGAAACCGCUGAAGAAACCGGUGACGCAGAGUGAAAGCGAGCAGAGCAGCGAGGAGGAGGAGGACAGGAAGAGGAAGAUCCAGCAGCGGAAGAGCGACUCGGAGUCGGAAUCUGAAGAGGAAGAAGAGAGCGACUCUGAAAGCAGCCAGUCGGACUCGGAGGACUCGGAGUCGGAGGUGGAGGUUCCAAAGAAGAAGAAGGCGGCUGAACCCAAACCUGCUCCCAAACCGGCCAAGAAAGAGAGCCGGAAAGAGAAGAAGGAGAUGUCUCUGCUGGACCUGGACGACUUUGAACCCGCCCCCUCCCCCCACGUCACACCUGUGAGCACCUACCUGUCCAGCAGCCUGGUCAGCGACCUGGAGGGGCUGUCCCUGUCCGACGCCGCGCUGUCCCCCCAGAGCGUCUCCCCCUCCAGGACCCUGAAGACCUACGAGCUGCUGCACCGCAUCACGGGGGAGGGGCUGUCGGUGGAGUUCUGCUUCAGCCGCCAGCCCUUCGGACCCGACGGCAACAUGGUGGCCGUCCAGAUGACGUUCACCAACAACUCCGGCGCCGACGCCAAGAACCUGCACAUGGAGGACGUGAAGCUGCAGUCGGGGAUGAGGGUCCAGGAGUUCCCCGAGAUCGAGCUGCUGCCGGCAGGAGAGACGACUACCGUGGUGAUGGGAAUCGACUUCUGUGACUCAACGCAGGCUGCAAACUUCCAGCUGUGCAGCAGCAGCAGGAAGUUCUUCGUGUCCAUCCAGCCACCGGUUGGGGAACUGAUGAGGCCCGUCUUCCUGACCGAGAACCAGUUCAAGAAGGAGCAAGGGAGACUGGUCCAGACUCCGGGUCAGCUGAUGGGCAUGAACGAGAUCUCGGAGAAGCUGGUCCUGGACCCCGACUGCCGGGACGAACACGCCGUGGUGCAGAAGGUGACGGCCGCCGCCAACCUGGGCCGGGUGCCGUGCGGCUCGGACCGCGAGUGCAGGUUCGCCGGCAGGACGGUGAGCAGCGGCAGCUUGGUGCUGGUCACCGUGGCGACCAGAGACGAGGGCGGGGCCACGCUGACCGUCAACUGUGAGAAGAUGGUGAUCGGGACGAUGCUGGUGAAGGACGUCCUGCUGGCGCUGACGCAGUAACGGGGCGGGGCCGCGGGCCUGCUGGCCCCGCCUCCUGCUGGCCC